UGUCCGGUUGCAGAAACAAUAGAGCAUGUGUUAAUGAAUUGUAAAAAGUAUGAAGUACAUAGGAAAAAGAUGAUGGAAGAGUUAGGAAAGACUGGAAUAAAAGGGACAGGAGUGAAGGAAAUACUAGAGAGUGGGGAGAAUGAACAAUGUAGAGAAAUUAUUUUAAAUCUUUUAUUAAGAACAGGGCUGGUGAAAAGAAUAUGAAAUAAGGAUAUGAUGUAACAGACAAAUAAAUUCGGAAGAUGGCGGUAGUGCAACAUAAAAGGAGUAAGCUGCCGAUAAACCCUAAAGAAGAAGAAGAAGAAGAAGUAAACCCUAAAGAAGAAGAAGAAGAAGAAGAAGAAGAAGCGGCGAUGUUCGAUGUCACACUUCAAGAGGCUCGCCAGCUCGGCGGCGUCACGUUUGACGUUGUCCCCCAGCAGCUGCAGCAGCAAGCCGCUGACUCUCCUUCCGGGUUCAAGAUGGCUUUCCAGGGGCUGUGGCGGGCGCUUCGUGUCCCAGGGGACCGCAGGCAGAGCCGCCGGCUGCGGGCGAGCCAGACGGGGAGCCCUGGCGCUCAGCGGAGCCGCGGCACUGACAGCGGCCGUGGCGGGUUUUUUAGCCAACGCCGACCACUUCCAGCGUGCCGACAUGGCCACGAAGGCGCCCCGAGCCGCCGCGGAGAAGGAACCGCAGGGGGAUAUCUCCGAGAGGUGCCGGGGCUUCAUGUCUCCUCCGGUGACCGAAAUCGGCGUGCUGCAGGAGAGCAGCGGGGAGAUGCGCACGAGGAUGGAGAUGCUCAUCAUGGAGACGCAGGCCGACUUCUGCAACGCCCUGCAGGAGGUGGACGGCGGGACGUUCAAGGUGGACCGGAGGCAGAGAAAUGAAGGUGGCGGAGGGAUCAGCUGUGUGAUGCAGGAUGGAAAGGUGUUUGAGAAGGCCGGAGUCAAUGUGUCCGUGGUGUUUGGGAACCUGACUGAGGAGGCCGCCAAGCAAAUGAGGAGCAGAGGGAAAGUCCUCAAAGGGAAAGAUGGUAAGCUGCCGUUCUGUGCCAUGGGUGUGAGCUCCGUCAUCCACCCCAAGAAACCCCACAUCCCCACCGUGCACUUCAACUACAGAUACUUUGAGAUCGAGGAGGAAGAUGGAAGCUGCUUGGUACCUGAGGAGGCACAAACAGGAACUGGAGCUCCUUCUGAUUGGCAGUGAUACCAUGGGAGUGGAAUUUACAGAAGGGAAUUACUGGAGCAGCACAGGUGGAAGAGAGGACUCCAACAGGAUUCCCUCCGGGACAGACGGCUGGAUGGAGUACGUUCCCAUCGCAGAAAAGAAGAACGUCGCCUUUGCUGCUCAGCAGCAACUC